UAUUAUAGUUGUCAGAGUGGUGAGACCAGCUGAGGUCAGUAUUCAGUACGUUCUCGGCGAUAUAUAUUGUUGACUCCAAUCUAGAUCGCCAUUUACAGUUGGUCAUCAGACAAAUACUGAGUUUAUUUACAGAACUGUCUGUAUGAAGAUCCUGUUUGGUUUAUCAUUAUACACAGGACUACCGGUGUAACCAUGGACGUGCUUGGUUUGGUGGAUGUCCCGACCUGGCUACAAUGGGUGUUGUUAUUGGUUGGGAUGAUUGUAGCCUACGUCGUCUUCAUGUCUUGGGAUCAUAAUACUUUCAAGAAAAUGGGGAUUGAUGGGCCAAAGCCAAAUCCAGUUUUUGGAAAUUUCAGGACAUUGUUCAAAGAGGGAGUCGUACAGGCCGAUAUGACAUUCUAUAAAAAGUAUGGCAGAAUAUUCGGGACCUUUGAAUCUCGACAUCCUAUCUUGUAUAUCGCCGAGCCUAAACUACUAAAGGAAAUUAUGGUGAAGCAGUUCAACAGCUUUGUCAAUAGACGGGGGAGUUUCGCGGACGUAGUGGACGUUGAGCUGUCACAAAUGCUAACGCUUCUAAAGGACGACCACUGGAGAAACGUGAGGAAUAUAAUGACGCCGACCUUCAGUGCCAAGAAAUUACGACAGAUGACGCCUUUGAUCAACUCUGCCGGUGAUCGGAUGAUGGAAAACAUUGAAAGUAAGAUAGCAACAGAUGAGGACAUCGAUAUUCACAAAUUGCUGUCAGCCUUUACUAUGGAUGUUAUCGCUAGCACAGGUUUCGGACUUAAAGUUGAUGCACAAAAAAACCCAGACGACCCUUUCAUGAAGAAUGCGUUUUUAUUCAGAGAUUCUAAAUGGUUUGCAACUAUUGGGAUACUAUCUAUGUUUUUACCAGUCUUGGCCCGGAUCCCUCGACUCCUAGGCAUAUCAUUCGUAAAAAAAGCCUCAACUUUUUUUGUCAAAGCGACCAAAAACGCUCUUAAGGAACGAAGAGCUAAUCCAGGGGUAUAUACAGAUUUCAUGAGUAUCAUGGCAGACGCAGAAGAUACUGAGGAACAAGACAAAACCUCCGGUAAAACAGUACUCACGGAAUCCGAAAUAGCGUCCCAGGCUGUGCUGUUUUUCCUGGCCGGCUACGACACGACCGCAAGCACGUUGACCUUUGUCACAUAUCACUUUUGCAUCUAUCCGGAUAUCUGUGACAAGGUCAUUCAAGAGAUUGAUGAAAAGCUUGGCAAGGCCACCCCUAACUAUGACAAUGUUCACGAGCUGACCUACCUGGAGAUGUGUAUACACGAGACAAUGAGACUUUUCCCUCUUGCUUCAAGAAUUGACCGCGUGGCUUCUCGGGACGUCACUAUAGGAAAUAUCGAGAUACCAAAGGGAAUGAUCGUGAAUAUUCCCGUUGGCGCUAUACAGAGGGAUCCGGAAUUUUGGCCGGAACCGGAGAAGUUCAUCCCAGAGAGGUUUUCAGCUGAAGCCAAAGCUAAGAUGGACCCGUUUGUGUUCCUCCCAUUCGGAGCGGGGCCGCGGAACUGUAUUGGACUGAGAUUGGCCUUACUUGAAAUGAAGAUGGCCAUUGCCCGGAUAUUGCAGAAUUACAGACCAAUUAAGAGCCCGAAUACCAAGGUGCCUAUCGAGAUAAUGAAGCUUGGAAAUCGGCCAAAAGGAUUUGUGAUGAAAUUCGAAAGGAGAAAGUGAUAAUAUUUUACUGGAGUGUAAUGGACACCACACCGUACAGAGUUGACCUUUUCUGUUUGUUGACUAACGUUUACAAAUAUUUGCGCGCUUCUUUGAUGGGUAUAACUUUGAUCAAUAACCCGAUGAUGUUUUGUUAAAUAUAGCGGUAUACACAUAUGUAGUAACUUCAUAAGAGGGCUUUGAAGAUGUGAUAAAAAACCUCUUUACCAGCCCAAUGCUGGAAAAUGUUCUGAGCCAAUUACGCACCAUUACAAAGGUACCCGUACGAAGGUACACACAAUGUCCUCGAGGAAGGAAACCCAGACAUUUGUGUUUAUUGUCUAUUAAAAGUAUUAAUGUGUAUGUUUCUAUGUCAACCCAAACAAGGAAAACAAUUUCAAAUUGAUAGUUAAUUAUUGGUGUAGCGUAAUGCAAUUGACUAUCAGAACGUGAAAGAAGAAAUUUGUAACGAAUUAAGUAAUUAUAUAAAAGAUAUAUAUUUCACACCGGUAACUUGUAGUAUGUAUGGUUGAAGAAUAAUCUAAAAAUAAAUCAUGUGUCAAAAUCUUAUUAAGAUACUAUAUAGAUUUUUUAUCCAAUCAAAACCUGAUUUAGAAACUAUAUAUAAUUUUAAUCCAAUCGAAACCUUAUUUAGAUACUAUAUCGAUGUUUUAUCAAAUCAAAACCUGAUUUAGAUACUAUAUAGAUUUUUCAUCAAAUCGAAUCCUUGCCAAGUUUCAGAAGUUAUAUUGUCAAUUUUAGAAUAAGAAGAAUGUUUAUGCAUUUCAUUAGCCUGUCAUUUAUGUUACUCUAUACUGAUGUAUACAUGCAUUCUUCGCUGCCACACGUGGGUCGAAUUUCGUUGAUAAAGAAAUUUAAUUAAAUUGUUUCAACCUCAAUA